AAAAGGCUUGGCAUGGGUCUCAUAAUCCAACACACACACACACCUCACUCCAGGCACAGAAGAAAAUACAGGUCACCACAGCAGCUGGAGAGUCCUCUGCCUGUAAUUGUUUUUCCUCUCCUGUAGGAAAGUAAAGAUUAGGGCCAUUGGAUUUAUGUAGCCCGUUUGAAAUUCCUUCCUCCCUCCCUCCCUAUCCCAGGCUUCUUCUGGCUCCGUUCGCUUUCCUCGUAACAAGGGCUGUAACCUCCAGAGACGGAGAGAGACCGGCAGAGAGAGAGAAUGAGAAUGGAUGUGCGAGAGAAGUGAGACGGAGAGCUGCCUUUGCAGGAGCUGCAUUUCUCUGCCUUAUGUUAGAGCUGAAAAGCAUUUCUAAUAGCACCAGGCAUCCCGGGGACCCACUGCUGCCUCUUGGAGACGGACCGGUCUCUGUGUGAGCCUCUGGCGGAUGGGGAACUGCAGGAUUAAUGGAGACGCGCUGAAAGCGUAGCUGGCCCCCCUGGCAGGCACGGCACAUGCUUGCCUUCGCCCCUGACGGUCCAUGAUGGAAGUGGCCAGUGUCAAAGACUUCCAGUGGAAAACCCUGGCGCCUCUCCCCAGCCGCAGGGUGUACUGCUCCUUGGUGGAAGUGGGAGGGCAGGUCUUUGCCAUCGGGGGCUGCGAUGACAACGGCGUCCCCAUGGACAGCUUCGAGGUGUACUCCCCAGAAGCCGACCAGUGGAACUCCCUCCCUCCCAUGCCCACGGCCCGAGCCGGGGUAGCGGUGGCCACCCUGGGCAAGCGGAUCAUGGUGAUCGGAGGGGUUGGAGUGAAUCAGAUGCCCCUGAAGAUCGUGGAGAUGUACAACAUUGAUGAGGGCAAGUGGAAGAAGAGGAACUCCCUGAGGGAGCCAGCGAUGGGCAUCUCGGUGACCGCGAAAGACUACAGAGUCUAUGCUGCCGGUGGGAUGGGCCUGGACCUGCGGCCUCACAACUACAUGCAGCACUACGACAUGCUGAAGGACAUCUGGGUGUCGCUGGCAGCCAUGCCCACACCCCGCUACGCCGCUGCCUCCUUCCUGCGCGGCACCAAGAUUUAUGUGCUUGGCGGACGGCAAUCCAAGUACGCCAUCAAUGCCUUUGAGGUCUUCGACACCGAGACCCGAUCAUGGACCAAGUUCCCAAACAUCCCCAGCAAAAGGGCCUUCUCCACUUUCGUGCCCACGGAAAGCAAGCUCUUCAGCCUCGGGGGCCUGCGGCAGGGCCGGCUGUACCGGCAGCCCAAGUUCAUGAGGACCAUGGAUGUGUUUGACAUCGAGCAAGGUGGCUGGAUGAAGAUGGAGCGCUCCUUCUUCCUGAAGAAACGGCGAGCAGACUUCGUCUCUGGCUACCUGAAAGGCAGGGUCGUCGUGGCAGGGGGGCUAGGGAACCAGCCGACUGUCCUGGAGUCCGCCGAAGCCUUCCACCCGGAGAAGAACAAAUGGGAAUGCCUCCCGCCCAUGCCCACCCCUCGCUGCGCCUGCUCCAGCGUCGUGCUGAAGAACUGCCUGCUGGCCGUCGGCGGUGUCAACCAGGGCUUGAGCAAUGCUGUGGAGGCGCUGUGCGUGCCUGACUCCUAGCAGGCCUCUGCCCGAGCCCCCCGCCAGCCGGAGGUCCUAGGAAGGCGGCGGGGUGAGGACGCCACCAGGUCCGCUCUGCAGAGUCCCUGGGCGCUGGAGCGGUUUGCGCUCGCUGCCCUGCUCUCUCCGGCUGCAGCUCUGCCGUCGUGGUUUAGUGCAAGGAAAGGGGCCACCUCCUCCGCCUCUGGGAUCUCGUGCCUCUUGAGGCCAGCGCUGCUGUGAUGCUGUUUGUUAGCAAAGGCUCCUGACUGCCCAUUAGCCAGUCCUGCUAUUCACAGCUCUACCGCUCCUCUGGACAGCCUUGAUCUCCACCGCUGCUCUGCGAUCCCACAGCCCUGAAGCUGCUGGGAGUGCACCAGCUCCUCUCCGCAGCAGUGGAAGCUGCCGAGCCUGGGUGGGAUGCUUUGACAUGGGGACCCCCCCCAACUUCCUGCAAGGGUCCGGAAAGCAACCCAGCUGAGAACAGCUUGCAC